AUGAAAAUUCAUCUGAACAAUGACAGCAUGGACUACGCCAUACAGAUGGAAAUAUGGAAGGGGAACAUUGGGGGCGCUCUGCAGAUCGCCACAGACAGAGAGGAGCUGUCCGACUGGCUGGUGGGCCUGGCGCCUCUUGCUUCCUACGACACGUGGCUGGGGAUGUUGCAGCUGGAAGGCGAGGGCGACGGUCAGUAUCACAAGGCCACCUCCUACCUGCUGGCCUGUCACAAGGUGUACGAAGCCAUCGACCUCUUCAAGCGGCACCGACUCUUCAAGGAGGCUGUGGCACUAGCUCGUAUGAGGUUGUCUCCCCUUGACCCAGUGUUGGAGGACCUGUACAUGGAGUGGGCUCAGAUGUUGAUGAAGGACGGCAACUACGAACAGGCUGCCAAGUGCUACCUAGCUAUGAAACAGAUCCAGGAUGCUGCCAAUCUGUUGACCAAGAGAACUGACCAAUCGUCUCUCAAGACAGCCACUCACAUGACUCUGUUAGCCAAUGAAAAGCCUCAGGGAUUUCUGUAUGCCCAUAGAUUGGUUCAUCAGUUCAUUGCCAAGGAUGACUGGAAGCAGGGCUACAAGUUCCUGAAGGAACAUGAAACACUGAAGAUGUUGCUGCCGUUCCUCAGCAUGCACGAGUUGCUGGUCCGGGAGCUGCAGUCCGUCACGCCGGGGACGCUGAAGGAGGUGGACCCCACCUGCUUCACAGAGUGGGGGGAGGUGCAAGCUGGGAAGGGUUUCAUUCCAGAUUUCAUCCUUGAUGUAGCUGAAUGUGAUCCUGUGUUGCCAUGGAAGCCCUACAUGGUUGGAGAGCACUCAUUCCCACACCACGUACUGAAGGUCUGGUCCGGUAACCUUGACAUUGGCAUGGACUCUGAGAGCCUCACUCUGACAUACAGGACUCUCCAGCAACUGCAGUCAGGGAGACAGAGUCACAUCGACCCCCAGCAGUUGAUGUUCCAAGUGUGCAUGGACCUGACGUUGUCGCUGCUGGCCGUGCUGCUGGGCGAGACCUCCUCUGCCAUCAACCACCUACUACACGGAGUGUCCACUCUGCACACUGUGGGUCAGCUUGACCUCAUGGAGGCUGUGUGUCAGCUGAUGCUGCCCUUGGGUCCCAAGUACCUGCUGAAGCUGCAGCAGGAAGCCACAGCACUGCGAGUCCUCAUCAGCAUGGAGGCCCACCUGGAGGUGGAGGGGUCGGGGAAGGCACCCUCACUCAAACGCUACCUCACCGAGAUCAAGGAGGAUGACAGUGUGUCCACCUCGGGGCUUCGCUGUCGAGAACUGGACUGCCUCCGUGCCUACUACUACCUUGCGAUCCUGCAUUACUUGAAGAACACCAUCAGGGAGGAUUCCCUGGCUCAGGGUCAGGCUGCCGAAGCAUCAGUAGAUGAUGACUGCAAGGUCCAGGCAAAUGUGGAUCUUGAGCAGUUGACUGUUAAGGAGUCCGAUAAUCCACUUGAAGGUGAAGGUCAGUCUGUAUCAGGUCAAGACAAAGACCAGUGUGUUGUUCCUUGUCAGAGUCAGGAUUUAUCCAAUGUUAAAAGUGAAAGUGAACCAGCAAUACCAAGUGAUGAUCAGGGUCAGUGUGUUGUGCAAGGUCAAGGUCAGUCGGUUUCAGUUGGUCAAGGUCAGACAGAUAUUCCAAGUGAUUCCAAAGAGGUUUCUAAUGAAGUAGGCAAGGCUGUGGCCAGCAGUGAGAAGGAUGUAAGUGACUUGGAGCUAGCAAGUGGGACGGAUGCUGAGGGUGCCCAAGGAGGGCAAAGUGCCUUGGAUAAGGAUUCCAUUCCAUCUGAAAGCGAUGACCAAAGUAAUGUAUCCAAAAAGUGCCAAACUGCUGACACUGUUCAGUUGUUAUCAAUCACCAAACUUAAACAGAUAUCCAGAGGCCUACUGUGGGACAUACAGGCCAAAAAACAUUCUCUGACAGAGACUCUUGGCUACAUCCAUAAAGCCAUCUCUAAACACCUGCUGGCAGAUAAAUCCAAGGACUACCAAUCAAGUGGAUUCAAACGAGUACCUCAACAAGCUGCUGGAGGAGAGAACAGUAACAGUCUCAUCAACGGGUUCACCAGUGGAGGGGAUGACACCGAGAACACAGGAUCAAGUCAGGCUGUUGAUGGAGCAAGUGCUCAGGCAGCAUCGCCAUCAUCACCAUCAUCAGCACAUUUCACUGUUCCUAAUGGACUCAAGGAUGGUCUUGCUGCAGCAGGUACUGUGGCCAGUCUCUGCAACCCUGUUGAUCCAUCAGACAUUGAGUUAGUGUCCUUUUCUGGAACAGAAACUUUUGCCAAGUCUCGGAAGGUUCUCUGGGAAGAUGAACCACACAGUUGUGAGAAUGUUGACUCGCGACCGAGGAAGGCCAGCUGUGUGUUGAAUCCAGCCAAGUACAUCAAUGUGCCAGAUGAGUGGUAUGGCAUGCCCGUAGACGAGAAGUAUUUCAGGCCCUAUGUUACCAUGGCAGUACUGAAGGAAGAGCAGGAGUAUGUGAUGCACGAACUGAAGCGGGUGCCAGACAGCUCUGUGGUAUCUUUUCCUAACCCAUUUGACAGCGUGAAGGUGUUGUUGGACGUGUGUCGCCUUUGUCCGCACCUAGACGGAGACUCAAAGAAUGCAUUCAAUAACCUGCUUGUCCUCUGGGCUCUGCACUUUGCCGUCACAUCACAUCAGCGUAGGGAGCUCAGCAAGCUCAUCAAAUGUUCGCCAGAAAAAGAGAGUCAAGUUUAAAUUCAAGUUUUCUUAUCAGUAUCGACCAGUGUCACAUUCUAACGAGACACCAAUAUCAUGUGUGUGGUAUAAUGAGCAUUAUUUGUCAACAUUGAUGACUAUUCAGAGCAUGUAUGUCAAGAAAACUUACCUUAAUCCAAAAUUGCAAAGGAAUCUUAGACCUGAUCCCAAUAAUGUCAUGAUAUCUGUCAUGAUAAAUGUCAUGUGUUCUGUGAUGAGAAAUUAUCAAACACACGAUAAACAUCAAUGAAACAGUGAAUGUACAGUGUCCUGGUGAUCCGACCAUACUAGAGGAUUGCGGUCACAUAUCCACAGUGUAGGUAGCUGCCAGACGUACACAGAAGCUGGUACACGCUUGAACUGUUCUGUUUAUCCUCAACUAUCCAAGCAUCUGUCCAUUGUAUUAUGAUAAAUACCCGAGACCCAUUCUCCACCUUAGCUUCAGAACUGACAUUAUCAUUUUAGUUCCUUUGUCACUGACUUUGUCCAGAAUUGAUCUUGCUCUUUGGCUUCAAAUUGAAAAUAGAUUGCCUCCUCUUAAUACUUUUUUCAGCAUAUAUCUACUUCCAAACGUGUGACCUUGUGCUUGCCCUCAAUAAAAUUGAUGGAAUCAGAAGAGAUCUGAAGACUUCAAAUCUGAUUUAAAUUGAGUUCAGGGUAUUUAUCGUAAGAUUGGAAAUACUCCAGAUUUUCAAGGAUGAGUUUUGUUCUAAGCAUAUACUGUUUCAUGUAGGUCAGACCUUUCUUUUUUAAUAUCAUCUGCUUCUAAAUCCAGGAAUGUAACCAAGCACCAGACUUUACAUAAUGUAUUGAAUGAAGUGGUCUGUAUCGAUAUACAGAUACACAGGUUGUCUUGUUUCGUGUAGCAGUCUAGAGCCCACAAGUCAUAAUGUGGUACAUCUUUCAUCUUUUGACCAAGCUAGCUGUGUUAUGUUACCCCAUAUAGCCAUAAUAAGCCUCACUUCGAUCUUCAACCUUGUAGUUGGCUUGAUUGACACUGCAGUGAGCAAUAUUUCAGCAGCAUCUCAACUGACUGUAGACACAGCAAACCAGUGGUUGAAAGCAUAAGCACCAAUCAGUGCUUUCUGAGUUUGAUUACAUGUAAUCAGCUAUGUCAUCAGGGCCUGGCACCUGGUCCUGUUUAAUCUGCUUGUACAACCAGUAUGUAAUACUAUGGACCUCGGGGAUCCAACAGCAAGGACAGGUAACUCUAUAUAUCCCAACAUUCUGUUUCAUGGUCAGUCUGCUGCCAUUGCUGUUGACCAAGAGACCCUUUUGUUCUUCUGUGUAUCUAGUGUAUUAGGUUUUAUCAGGCAAACAAAUUUCAGCACAUCCAAACCUCGGGUAGGUAGGGUUUGUUUUUUACAUGUUCAUUUCUUUGAAAGAUAUUACUUGCAGGAUAUCCAUGAAGCAGCUCCAAAUUAAGAUAAUGACUGGCUUGUGCGUGGAUAAGUGGAACACAUUUGUGCUAGUGACUUUAAAUACAAACAGAAAGUGUGAACUGGUCAGGGUCUACCGAUUACAGUUUUGGUCUGGAAACAAACACAUUGAGGAGGGACCUCAACAAUGGCACCAGUACAAAUGAUUUCCCCCUGUUUCAGUUAAGAAUGAAUGACUUACAGAGUCCACUACUGUAGUGAUCCACUAUCCUACAGUACUGCGUCGGCGGGGAUAAUUCAUGCACGAGAGACACACGGGUAAUUUGGAGGAUGACAUUUGUUUGUUGUCGACCUGCCAAGGACACUACUGUCGUGCCUGAUGUGAAUGGCAUUGUUGAUUUGAUUGUUUUAUUGUUUGUUCUGUAAUUAUGAAUGACAUAAUCAUGAGAUGUUCUUCCCUGUUGUCUCUGGGUCUGGCUGCCCUUGUGUAAAUUCAGACCCAAUAAUGUGGGUAGUCACUCCACAGCUGCUUGUCUGAUGUCCUCAUGUCUCAUUGCCUCAGUCGUUAUCUCCCUAUAAUAGUAUAUUGACAUUUUUCUGAGACAUUGCCAGAAUCAGCCAGUAUUUAACUCUGAGAGUCUCACCAAAA